CGCCCGACCCCUGUCCCGAUCCCGAUCCUGAUCCCCAGCCUGACCUUAACCCCCAAUCCCGGCCGCGAUCGCGGUCCCGGAGCGCCGUCAGUGCCGCCGCCGGCGGGGCCGGGCCAUGGCGGAGGGCGGUGCGUGGCUGCUGGUGCUCAGCGCCGUGUUCCUCUGCAACGCGCUCAAGAUCCUGCUGCCUUCCUGCUCCUCCAUCAUAUCCAGGUUGCUGCAGAAGGAUGCAGAGCAGGAAUCCCAGAUGAGAGCUGAAAUCCAGACCAUGAAGCAGGAGCUGGCCACCAUCAGCAUGAUGGAUGAGUUCGCCAGAUACGCCCGGCUGGAGAGGAAGAUCAACAAGAUGACUGACAAGCUCAAAACUCAUGUGAAAGCACGAACUGCCCAAUUAGCCAAAAUAAAGUGGGUUAUAAACAUUGUGUUCUACAUCUUACAGGCUGCCCUGAUGAUCUCCCUGAUUUGGAAGUACUACUCUGAGCCAGUGACUGUGCUGCCAAGUAAAUGGUUGGCUCCCCUGGAGAGGUUGGUGGCCUUCCCUACAGGGGUGGCAGGUGGGGUUGGAAUCACCUGCUGGCUCGUGGUCUGCAAUAAAGUUGUGGCCAUCAUGUUACACCCUUUCAGCUGAAGGAAUCCUGGGAAUCCUCGGGAUCCUCCACUGCAUUUUCAACAUUUUCCCUAUUUUAAAUUAAUUU